AUGCGAAUGCCAAAAAAGCCAAACGUUCCGAGCGUGGAGCGCGUCUACCUGGAGUGUUGCUGCCUCUCGGAGGGCGGUGGAGAAGGUGCGCGAGAUGAGGUUGUCGUCUGGUCCCGUGAGUCGGCCGCUGCUGAAGGACUGCCUGCGCCGCUACCUCCCAGCGCCAGCGCCAGCCCGCUGAUGCUGCCGACACAUGACCACGUCACCAGAGCCCUAGCGUCCAACGCCCAUAAUAAAUAG